AUGCCAUUUAUUACAAAGUUGAACUAUUUCUUAAUUAUAACAGAUCAACUAUUUCUUUUAUAUAAACAAAAAUCCAAAUUUUUUGGAAUUAUAUUAUCAUUAUUAUUAUUUCAAUUAAUGAUUAGUUUAAUGGAUCCAGUUCAAGGAAUAAAAUGGUUAGGUAUAUACAGAUUACCAAAAAGUGCAGAUCAUCCAGUGGAUUCGACAGCUGAUCGAUUUACUCCAGAUGAAUGUCAAAAAGCUGCUAAUAAAUUAGGUCUUCGUAGAAGACAAGCACGAUUUUGUAUGCAUCCACGUUUUGGUUAUGCAAUGCUUGCUGUACUUAGAGCUGCACAUGCUGUCGGAUAUCAUUGUCCAAAAACAUUUUCAGAUAGACGAUGGAAUUGUACUUCUAUACAUCAAUUACCGCAUGUAUCACCAGAGUUAAGAAGAGGUACACGUGAACAAGCAAUUGUACAUGCAUUUGCAAGUUCUGUAUUAUUAUUUGAAAUUGGACGAUAUUGUGCAUUGAAUAAAAUUCGAUAUUGUUCUUGUGGUGAUGAAGAUGGCAGUUAUGCUACACCAAAUUAUCCUUCAUCUCAUAUAUAUAAAAAUAACAAUUUACUUAGACAACAUCAUUCACAAACUUUGUAUAAUGAUAAUAAUAAUGCAUUAGUAUAUAAUUCCGAUGGUCAUUUAAUGAAUUCCAUUGACACAUCUAAAUCAAACAAUAUACCAAUGACAGAUGGUCAACCAACAGUUAGUAAAUUUUAUUGGGCUGGUUGUUCUGAUAAUUUGCGUACAGCUAAAGAAUAUACAUCAUUAUUUCUUGGUUUUCCAAAUGUACAUGUAAUGUUACCUCCACCAAUAGAAACAGAUAAUCCUAAUUUAGAUACAAUACAUGAUAUGAAUAAUCAAAAUCGUUAUAAAAGAUCAACGUAUUCUUCACAAGUUACAGAAAGUAAUUAUGAUACAACACAAUUAUCUGAUAUGUUUAGUCUGUUUCAAAAUCAAAUCAAUGUUAAUGAGAAUGUAGACGAUAGAGUUAGAGAAGAAGAAGAUGUAGAUGAAGAAACUGAAGAAAAUGAAGAAGAGGAUGGCAGUGAAAUAGAUGAUUCAGAAUUAUUCUAUUUACAAAAUGAAUAUACGGAUAGACGACGACGUAAUCUACACAAGACAUGGUCAUAUCAAUCUACAGCACAAACCAACAAAUAUCCGUCAUACAAUUCAGCACAACAAAUGUAUGAUUCAGUAGAUGAUAAUGAUGAAAGAUUACCACGUCAUCCUAGAUCAAAACAAGGCAGAAAAAAAUCCGUACUACGUAAUUUAAAUCGUCAUAAUUAUCUAGCAGGUGUAGUAUUAAUGGAAGCUAAUCAAAAACUGGUAUGCAAAUGUCAUGGAGUUAGUGGUAGUUGUGCUCAACGUGUUUGUUUCCGUCAACUUCGACGAAUCGAUACAGAAUUAAUGCAAAAAGCAUUAAAAAUGAGAUAUUUAGCAGCCAAACAGGUUUCGGAAGGUAAAAAUGGUGAAUUAAUCGCUAAAACAUUUAUUGGUAAUGGAUUUAUCGAUGAAGUAGUAAAACCUGAAGAAUUGGUAUUUAGUGAACAUUCACCAGAUUAUUGUAAUGUAGAACCUCAAAGAGGUUCUGUUGGUACACGAGAUAGAAUUUGUACAUUGAAAGAUACGGGGACAUCAAGUUGUGUGAAUAUGUGUUGUGGUCGUGGUUACAGAAAUGUGACCAAACGAGAAAUUGUUCAAUGUAACUGUCGAAUGGCCAAUGGAUUCAAAGUGCAAUGUGAUGAAUGUAAUAUUGAAACUGUAACUCAGAGAUGCUUAUGA